UUUCCACUUCCUCAGCGACUCCCUCCAAAAAUUUCUUCCAUACCAUUGGCAGCAUUGUUUUUUGGUAGUUUACAAAUAAAAUGGCCGAUAUAUGAGGCUUAUUUUGUAUGUGACCGUACUGAAAUACUAAAUAAUCUAAAAAUUUCACCUCUCACGUUCCUCAACCGUCGACCGCCCUCACCCCUCAUAUUAUGACAAUAACAAAUAACAAUAAAUCACCAGCAAUAUUGUGCAUUUGUGCGGGAGUGUCGCGUUACCAAGUAGGUGGAUAAGGUUGUCUUUUUCUCCACCGUGGGUUGACCGUGUGUCGUUAGACGCCGCGGUGUGUCCUCUCUCUCCUCCCCCUCCCCUGGAUCCUGCCACCCCACUUCCCCCCUGUGGCAAAAACCAAAAAAUCAAGGAAAAACAAGGGGACAUUGAGAUAAACACGAGUACAAUUGUAAUUACCACGACAAGUCAGUGACAGUGCUGAGUUUUUUGGUGAUAAUAUCAGUUAUUACCAUCGGUUAUUCGCGAAUAUCAACGGCAAAGCCAAAUGCUGGUGCUCCUGCCAUAGCAAGUUGCCGCCAGAAUAUUGCACAUCACCAGGGUGAGGAGUAUAUCCUAGAGACGAAGGCCGUUUUGUUUGUAAACCUCAACAUCAAGGUUAUCCACUGAAACCUGAAGAUCGACAUUUUCGCGGGUCUAUCGACCAUUUAUUGGACACCACAUUGAAGCAUCCCCUCGAGGAAAACGACUUUCUAUCAAUAAAGCAACAUCUUAAGUGACAAUGUCCACAAGUUAAGCAUCAAGAAUCGUGAAAUUGUUGAUAACCUCAGGAAAAAGUUGAGCAUCAAGUGCUAUUAUUGUUGAGAAACGUUUAUUUCACCACAAAAAUCACCUCAAGACCAUUCUUGUCUCGAUUGUUAGGAGUUUGGACGAAAUUCACAGCAAUCAGAAAGAGGAAUAAAUACUGUGGACGAAGAUUGUUUUGUUUGUGAUCUUCAACAUCAAGAUUCUCCGUUAAAACUUGAAGAUCGAGACUUUCUAUCGAUAAAGAUAAAUUUUGAGAGAGAAUUUCUAUGAGAUAGAAACCAAUAAUUGUGCAAUUGUUGACAAUAUAAGGAAGAAGUUCAGCAUCACGUGAUAUUUUCGGUGAAAAAAUAUUUCACCACAAAAAUUACUUAAUAAUUCCUACGGGCAAAGGUUAUUUUGUUUGUACACUGCAAGCCAAAGCUCUUCACUACAAUCUGAAAACCAGGAUUUGAGAGUCUAUCACUGGUUUCCUGGCACUAUAUUGCAGCAUCCUCUCGAGGACAACGAUUUUUUAUCAACAAGAAAAGAUAUUACGUGAAAAUUUCCACGAGAUAGGCAAUAAUAAUCGUGCAAUUGUUGAUAACUUCAGGAACGUUCAACUCUCAACUAAGAUUGCCCAUUAAGAAGGAAUAUUUCAUUACAAAAAUCACUUCAAAACCUCCACUUUCGUCUCAAAUGUUAGAAAUUUUCUCCAAAUUAACAGUGACCAGGAAGAGAAAUAAAUCCUGUGGACAAACGUUUCUCUGUUUACAAGUCUCCACGUCAAGUUUUUGCACUAGAACUUGAAGAGCAAGAUUGUGGAGGGUCUAUUGGUGAUUUAUCAGUAUCACAUCGUACAACAGUUGUCAAAUAGUCAAUACCCCAAGCAAAAACCUGACACCUCAGUGGCAUCAUUGAAAAAACGACUACAUCACGUUCACCAAGUCCCUCCAAAUCCAAGAGAACCUAACCAAAAAUUCUCCUCUCGUCUCAAAUGUUAAAACUUCCCUCCUAGCCCUGCCAAUUUUUAUCCUUCCAUUUUCCCAACAAAUGCAAAAAUCCCACUCCUGAUCAUCCCUCCCCUAAAAGCUGGGCCUAGUCCGGCUUUUUCCCCCCACACUACCAAAAUUCCCCCGAAAAUUCCCUCAAAAUCAACAAUAAUUAACAAAAUAAACAGUGCCCAAGAUAAAUCGCAUAUAAAGCGUCCCGACAAGGGGCGCCGAUAUGCGAGAACAAUAUCACCUCCCCCCGUAGUGAAAGAAGAGAUUGAAAUUAUUCAGAAUAUUGACAACAACAUUGAAAUACUGGAGUGCAACGGUUACAUUUAUCACCUAGAGCCCAUUAAAAUAUAUCCCACCGAUCAAUUAGUCGUUGUUGAUUCAGUCGGUGUGGAUGAAGACAUAACGACAAAUGAUACAAAUAAACAAUCGGUUAUACUUGAUACAGAUACAUUAACAGUGGCUAACGAGAGUGAUCAGGAUCACGCAACCCUGGCCAAUAUGUGCACAACACCUGGCAAUGCUGGCACUGGUUUUGGGUAUGCGUGGUCAUUCAAUCCAACAAACGAAGGUAGAGACACUAGCCAGUCUGACUUAACAGCGAAUAUAAAUUAUGCUGUUAACAACAAUCAGGAUCAGGGUACGAGUCAGAAAAUUCAGUCGGAUGUCAAGCCCAAGGUGGGCAAUGCCAACCAGCCUGGGCACAGAAGACAGGUCUUUCAGAUGACUGACAACUGUCAGACCACCCAGCAACAGCAACAACAGCAGCAGCAGCAACAACAACAGCAACAGCAGCAGCAUCAUCAGCAGGCUGGUGCUGGUGGUGGUACAAGCACUGGAGCCCACAAUCAAACCCACAACACCCAUCAGAGCCACGUUACCCAUGUACGUACAAAAAAACAUCCCGAUGUCUUCUCACUCACCUGUGACAAGGGCGGCUGUAACUGCGACGCAUCACAUACGACUCCAGCACAGACACUAUUUCCGAAUACCCUUGUUUUCACAACAACCGACAAACACGCCAUGAGUAAACACUUUAUGACACCAAUUGGUCCAAUACAGCUGACAGCCGAGGAGUGCAAUGAAAUUCUCAUGAAACGGGCUGCAGCUGCAUCGAAUCAAGCGAAUACCAACAACGUCAAUCAGAAUCAGACAGAGAGUGCACACUUUGGCCAUGUACUGACCCACGUCAACACCACCCAAAUUGACACCAAGGUAAAGCAACAGGAUAUGGGUAGCCAGGCGAGAGUACCCAAGGAGAGGCCUUACUCUUGUUCCGAGUGUGGCAAAUCCUUUCUCCUCAAGCAUCAUCUCACCACCCAUGCCAGAGUUCACACUGGUGAACGGCCACAUAUCUGCGUCCACUGUGGCAAAAGCUUUGCCCACAAACACUGUCUCCACACGCAUCUACUUCUUCACAGUGCUGAGCGACCUUAUCAGUGUCGAGAGUGUAAAAAGUCAUUUACAUUGAAGCAUCACCUGGUGACACAUACGAGGGUACACACCAGAGAACGGCCCUUUGUAUGUCAAGAGUGUGGAAGGGCUUUUCCAUUGAAAAGACAUCUUGUAACACACAGUAAAUUUCAUUCUGGUGAACGGCCAUUUGUAUGCGCCGAGUGUGGUGAAUCAUUCUCUCAGAAGGAUCAUCUCACCAUGCACUCGAGGUUCCACGGGAGUUUGCAUCCAUUUGUCUGCUCAGACUGUGGUGCUACAUUUCAACGAAAGUUUGAGCUCGUUAAUCAUGGAAGGUUACAUGGAAGGGUACCCCAUUCCUGCACAGCGUGUGGCAAAGAAUUUCUACAGAAGAGAACACUCCUGGCCCACAUGCGAUUGCACACGGGGGAGACACCAUUUGCCUGCACUGUCUGCGGAGAGGCCUUUCCUAGGAAGGCUGAUCUUGUUGCACACUCCAAGAUGCACAAUGCAACCAACACCGAUGACAAGUCACUCACGUGCAGGGAGUGUGGAUUGGGCUUUUCUAAUCGGGAAGCACUUACUUUGCAUUUGAGGUUACAUGCUGGCGAUAGGACACUUGUUACUGAUCUCUGUGGACUCGCUGCUGCCUUUCAACAGACACCUGGACACUUUCUUACGGCCAACGCCACUGGAACGCAUCAGAUGAACGGACCACUGGGUGCACCAGGUGUAUCUCACAUGCAGAGUGCAACGCAGACCUCACCACCAGCGGGCAGUGGUCCAAAGCCCAAACCCCACCUUUGUCCGGACUGUGGUCGUGGUUUUGCCCAGAAGCACGGUCUAUCCCAGCAUCAAAGACGUCACAGUGAUGGCAGUUGUCACAUAAGAUCCCACGUCUGUGAUAAAUGUGGCAAGGCAUUCUUCCAAAAGAAUCACUUGCUGCUGCACCAACGUCAGCACAUGGAUCCACCACCGAGUAUAUUAAGGCAACAGCAACGACAAGCUGCCCAGGCUGCUGCACAAGCUGCACAACAAGGUGGCCAGGCACCAGGACAAGUACAACAGCAGCAAGUACAGGCACAGCAACAGGUACAGCAGGUGCAGCCUGUUCAGCAACAAGUGCAACAGCAGCAGCAACAACAGCAAGUGCAGCAAGUACAACAACAACAAGUGCAACAGGUGCAGCAGCAAGUACAGGUUCAAGUGCAGCAAAAUCAACAGACGUGUACUGUCGACACUAAAGCCAUUCAAAUGCAAACUAUUGAACAGCAAGUGCAGGAACAGGUGCAGCAGCAAGUGCAACAGCACCAACAGCAGCAACAACAUCAACAGCAACAACAGGCGUGCAAUGAGGACACUAAAGCGAUACAGUUGAAUGUUACCAUGUGAAACGAUGGUGGGGGACAUUCUGAACAUUGUGAGGAUGAUAUAGCACGAAAUACACAGCCUCAUGCUGCUGCAUACAUGCACCCACUUCUCUUGUACUAACAAUUUUACAAUUGGUGAUACAUUUGCGACUGGUUGAGGUGCGGAGGAGAAGCGAAAGGAGGCAAAGGGGUUUGAUGGGGAUUUCAGGAUUCUUGCACAUAUUUUUGAAAUUUGGGGGGAAGAGGGAAUCUGUCAAAUCUCGAGGGUUCAGACAAUUUUUUUAGUGGGGGGAGAGGGAGGAGGUUGAGAAUGUGAGUAAAAGAGGUUAUAUUGGUCAUAGGUUUUUUAAAAAUAUCGAGGGAUCUGUCAGAGAUACGAGAUUUUUGGUGGUUAUGGUUUUUGUAGCCCUUGGGAUCAUCUGCAAAAAAUGUGGAAUUGAAAAUUUAUGUGGCUUUGGUGGAUCUCGAGAUAUUUGGUGAAAAUGAUGUAACAAAAUGUUGGGCAAUUUGCAAAUUACGAAUUUUUGAAAUAGUAUUUUUACAGUUAUCAAAUUCUUCUGAAUUACCAAAUAUUCGUAAAUUAUAAAUUGUUAUCAAUCACUUGGUAUGUGAAAAUUAUCAACACAAAUUUGAAGAGUGACACGAGAAUCGUGAAUUAUUCUCAGGUGUUUGCCAGCCCCGGGAAAGUUUAAUAACAAACAUCCAGUUGAAAUGUGAACUAAAUUAGUUAUAUUUAAUAUAUCUAGAUGAUGGAAAUUAAAAUGAGAAAAAAAAGUAAUAAUUGAAGGGAUGAAAACUAAGCAAAACAAUAGACUAAAAAUGGAUGAAAAAAUUAAUGAAAAACCUUUUGAGGAUAAAACAAACAACUUAAGGAGUAAGCAAGUAAUCGAUUUUAUUACAAGAGUAUAUAUAAAAAUUAUACAUAUUAUAUUCUAAUUCUAAUUGUAAGGCUUGUAACAAGAAGUAAAAAAACAAAAGAAACAAAAAAAUAAAAAUAACCAUAUAUUAGUGUUUUACAUAUAUAUUAUUAUAUAUAUUAUACAUACUUUAUGUCAAAAUUUAUUUUCUUUGUUCUUUUUCCGUUUUUUUUUAAAUUGUAAAAUUGAAGUACUAAAAGGUUCUUUUAGUAUGUGACACAAGUGAAUUUCAGACGAGAAAGAAAGGGCUAAAAGAGUCAAACGAAACCAGCGAUGAAAGAAAACCUUCAUUUGUCAUUUUUAAGUUUGAUUAGAUGUUUGUUUUUAUUGAUAGAACUACAUUUGCAAUUUAUAAUGAAAAGAGGACGAGAGGGUGAGGAGAAAAAAACGGAGAAAAAAGUAUACAUAUUGAAAUAAAUAAAAAAAGAAAAAUUAA